AUAAGAUUUAGUAGCUAGAAGAUACAACUUCAAUUUCGGCUAAUGCGUUGAUGAUGAUGAUGAUGGCAAUUUCUGCAAUGACCCUCACAAAAAUUUAUUGAUGAAUUGGAGUGCGAAAUCGGAUUCCACCUGGAUUGGUCGGUACUUUACUUUGCAUGUGCGGCAAGAAAACGGUUUGACAGAAGUUCUUUGAAUAAAUCAUGAUCAUCUCCUUGUUGACAGUGCCUUGAGUCACUCCGCUUUAGACCUUCACCCAAAUUACCAAACAGAAAUCGCCUAAUUGCAGAAUUGCUACUUAGACUUUUCUAAGCUAUUCGUAUAUUCUAUUUUCUACCGAAUUAGAAACGACAACUCUCCGCUGAAAGGCAAGAACAGCAUCGAUCGAUUCGAAGACUAAAAAUCGCUCCGUCUGACAUUUAAAGCACUGCAAUUUCAACAGCAAUUAAUUUGAACCUUCAACCUAGCGAGUAUUCACGCCGGGUAUAUUAAUUAACGACUCUUAGUAGUCUCAGAGUUCUUGUUGGUCCUUUUACUGCUCCACGUCCAAUUUGAUUCGUGAUCACACUACUUGUUGGCGGUAGUACAUUUCAUACCUGAAUAAUCGUACUUUUUUAAGUAGACGUUGCUAGCAUCUCAGGAUCGACGGCAGAAAAAUGAAAGCUUUCGGGUUCUUUGGCGCCGCUCUAGUGUCGGUGGCCAACGGGGCCGCACCCUACUUUCAUCCAUCCGACUGGAACGUUGCAUUUUCCUCGUCGCCAACAGGAGACUCGUCGGCGUCAGCAGGACCCUCCUCGUCCUACUUGGGUUCGGAUACUCCUGCCGGAUUCCAACCUGGGAUACCGCUCGCUCCCACCAAAGAGCAGCCGCGUCGCCGCCGGCGGAGCAGCAGUUCCACCUCUUCCAGAAGUAUUACGUCCAGGUCCCCGGCUCCACGCCGGACUUUCCCGAGUACCCCUCCCCAGACCCCGAGUAGUAAAAAUGGCGUUGCACGUUGGCCGGCGACGCCGACGCGGAACCAGGUUGCUCGGUCGCCGCAGCAGCCUUCCGGCCGAGCCGUGAGAUUUGCAGCUUCAUCUCGGACGCCAUCUCCAAGCACGACAAGGGUCUUCGACGCCACAGGAUCACCAGUAGGUCCGCCGCGGCAGAGCACGACCAAGACGGCGCGGGCGCUCAACUCUCCGGGAUCGCCAGUUACUCCGCAGCAGACCAGAUCCGGAACUGCGCGGGCAUUCAACUCUGCGGGAUCCCCAGUGGUGCCAGGUGCGCCGUCCUUUUUCUCUACGGGAAGGAGUUUACUUCCGCCACAGACGCCCUUCGGACCCAGGCCAGAACCUCGGGUACCAGACACCCCUGGUGCUACAAAUGACUCGCCUGGAGGCCUGGAUCAGGUGGAAGAGGUAAAGGACUUCUACAAUCGCCUGGCGGACCGGGAUGACUACUUUCUUGGCAAUCCACAGAACCCGAACGCUGUCAGCUUCACCGACGAACACCCUGAGCCUUUCCGCGUUGCAGCCGAGUACCAGAUGCGAAAGUGUGUGAGGAUGGUUCUUAAGGAUGCCACUCACGAGUUGCUGUGGUUGCAGAAGCACAAUGCCAGGUUUAGUCCGUUCAGCGUGCACGAGGAGGGAAGUCUCCACCAGAAGGGUAACGGGCCUGAGGUUUUAUUCGAGCAGGAGCAGGAACGUAAGAGAUCGGCGAUCAGAAAUCUAAAGAAGGGUUUGCAGGGCUGUGUGAGUCUGGUGCUGCACAAGUUCUGGCAGGCGCGUUUCCAGCUAGAGUGGAAGACAGAGAUCUACAAGUUCGCGAAAACCCUGGCGAAGGAGGGGGGAGCAAAGGUGUACGAAAGCAUUGUGACGACUAACAAAGAAGUGGGAGUUUCGCACUGCGCAGUGACCGGUAGGGAAAUCCCAGUGUAUCGUGAGAUUCUGAAACUGACGCUGGUGCCGGCUGGCUCUUUUUUAGCGGACGCAGAUCCGAAGAAAAACCACGCCGUCUCGAUUGAGCUGCGGGAUGAGGAGGACUAUGCCACGUGGAAGAACAUCCGCGACAUCGAGAGUGAGGCCGCGUUUUUGAAGGAGUUCCAGACGGCCACGCCUGUUUUCGGACGAUCGUCGGAACGCUCCGGCGCUGUCGGGCGGGGACCGGGCCGCACUCUCCUCGACGGGGAACCGCGGGCCUUCGGAAACUGUGAGUGGGCCGGAGGCGAGUCGAACGAAGGGCGCAAGGGCGGGAAUUACAUGAAGCUUCUCUACAACCCGGCUCUACAGGCCGUGACGAGAUUCCUUCAAACCGAGUUUCUCGCCGUCGCAGAGGAAUUUCGUACUGAGGUGCAGACUCUGGACGAACAAGAUCUUCCCAAGCUGGAGACUCUGGAGACUCUGGACGAAGUACUAAGCUGGAUUGAACACGUCCUCCUCAGACAGAGACGCAUCAGGGGCGUGUUCGACCGGAAAUGGUUGGUUGCCGCAAAGGCCUUCGAAGUGCGCCGUCUGCGCGCGCUUCCGCUUCUGUUGCGGAAAGCCUACCGAAAUAGGAAACAGCCAAAUGGAGUACCGGCGAAUCUCGAACGGCAUCUACAUUGGAGAAAGUGGAACAGGGGUAACACGUUGGACACGGAAACUGCGUUCGACAGUGCAGACUACCAGAACUAUCGGGUCCGGCGGCCACACCCGAACGGCUACAACGCGCAGACCGACAACGGUCGGCUUGGUAACCACUGGUUCUUGUGGGACCCUCGCCCGGCGGCGAAAGCCGCGCCGCUUCUUCUUCCUGCAAUCGGAAAUGCGGGUCCUUUUGCGGUUCCGGACGCUCCACUUGCUUGGGGAGUGGAUUCGCUCCACGGAGAUGCGACAGAUCUGUACAGUGAUAAUUUGAACAGGGAGACAGGACUUACCCUCGCCACGCUCGGUCUACAGGACGAUAAUGACCUGGCCGCUUUCGUACGCGAGCUUUCUACGAACUCGCGAAGCGAGGAAGCGUCGGAAAGCAGUACAAGCGACGCAGUUGUUCUCCCCGAUCGCCAGCCGAUGGCGCCAGCCCCAGCUCCCCUGCAACCGAUGGGAUUCAGGUUCCACCUUCCCCCUUUCAUGGGGGCGGGUCCUCCCGGUGCUGUUCCUUGGGUACUAGCAGCAGGUGACUUACCCCCACCUCCGCUCGUUGCUCCAGCCGGAGACGGGGAAGAGCAGCCCGGUGAUAUUGCACAUAUCUUCGGGGGUGGUGCAAACAACAUGGCGGCCCUCCAGCAGUUUCUCGGCUUCAACAAUCGACCUCCUCCGCCCGUGGCAGAAGCGGUAACUGCAGUGCCCGAAGAACAACUACUACCAGUUCAAGCGGAAGAAGGACCUGAUGAAAUUACUAACAUACAACCUUGAGUAGAUUUCAACUUCUAUUCGCUAUUUGAUUCUUUUAGAAAUUCGUGUAGUCGAAUCUAUCUAUGGUUUUUCUGUGCUCCGUCGAAAAUGACAAUACCUACUAAUAGCUCCUGAACAACAAGUUCGGGCGGAAGGUCAUAUCGUCACACUUUUCUAACUCGUAGUGAAAACGGUAUCGCUCCAUCCAUCCAUGAUUGUGCUGCAUUCACACAUCUGUCAUGCAUUCAGUUCCCAUUCGUUAUAUCGAAAAGGCACUACUGUAGAUAAAAAAUUAAAACCACUUAAAAGAGUUUUCUUGAAAAGAACAAACAAUCUGCAUGGGAACGGGGGUUCGGCUGCCCGCAGAAACAAAAAGCAUUGUCUUACUUAUUUAUUUGACAGCAUGACAUCUGCCUCCAAUUCAAUAAAUUAAGUUCUAACCACGACAACGUCGACCGCAGCGUGGAUCAAGGUUCGCAGCGUUUAUUUGACUAGACAGUACGUUAUUUACGUAUAUGCGCGAAGGAAAUGCAAUUUCUGAUUCGAAGCCGUUGGUUUUUGAAGCCGGUCUUCUGCUUUUUGCCUUUUGGAACAAGUUUGUCGUAUUCAUAAUCAUAGUCAAGCACCGAAAUAUACUUAAUCUGAUUACAGUAAGCAUCGUAUUUAUCGAAGCACUCAGGUUCGAAGUUUUUCCACUGAUUUUUUCUGUAGCUCUUUUUGUACGAUCAACAUUAGACAUGAUGCACAAAAAACCUUAGGAAGAGCGUAAUUCAGAAAUUUAUCACACAGACAGCAU